AUGCGCACUUUUACCAAGGGAUUAGUUAAAGAUGCCAGUAACCGACAGGCUACUAGUUACCAGAUAAUUAACAGAGCGGCCGUGCUGCGGAAGAACCGACUGAACGACAGCCUUUCCGGAAUCUGCGUCCACAAACGAAAAUGCGCAGACUCGAGGUUAAAUAUGGCCUGUUAUCGGCCGAUUUUCUUACAUCAGGUGACCGGGGCUAGAAGCGCAAGCGAUAGGCAAGAAGCUUUCGGAGAACCAUGUCUUCAAUUCGCCGGUUCGAGGUACCUAGUACCUUCUCUCGCAAUCCUCGAUCGCGUGGGACAAUCUGUUCGUGAAAAGAUGAAAAAGAAGCUGUCAAGCGAAACGCGACCGAAGUCAUCCUCGUCGAAACCUCUCAAGGCUACGAGCGAUCGCAACAAGGAAAAGCGACAACCUGAGGAAUUGCAGACAAGUUUCCAACUAUCGUCAUCUGGUUAUAUUGAAGAAUCAGUGUUCCAAUUGCCAGUUGUUAAACUUGCGCGUCCCACGAUCCAGGAGAUAAGCGCUACAUUGGAUCCGUUUUGCCAACUUCCUCACGACCUCAGCCUUGAAGACCGAUAUUUGUUUCAUUCCUAUCUUCUCACGGUACCGAGCUCUGUGUAUGGAACACGAUCGGACGCUAUCUUCAGUUCUGUCUGCGAUGUCAGCUUUCCAAUCUCUCUAUCUUCACCAAUGACUUUGCAAUGGAUGUUAAUUGCGGCGCAUGGUAGAUUUGCGAGGAAUGCGCUCCCCGGCAAUCAGUCGCAAAUGCAAUUAUCUUUGCUUCAUCGGAAGGCUCGAGCUUAUCAGUCUCUAAACUAUGCCCUACAGCGAAGCCAACAGGCGAUAUCAGACGAGCUUCUCGGCGGCAUUAUUAUGGCCAUCAUUACCGAGUCUCGCCUAGCAGACCCGAAGGCGUCUAAUUCCCACCUACUAGGCUAUGAAGCAGCUCUCCAUCUUCGAGGAGGGCUCCGGAAUAUUAUUCUCGCAUCUUCGGCCAAGAUGACGACCUAUUUGUCUCACAUCAUGCCAUACCUGGUAUGUCCUCCGGUCACAUCGCAGGGCAGCAUUGGUGCCAGACAGGAACUUGCCAGUUUCCAAAAAUUCUUUGCGACUGCAGUGGGCCUCCACAACAACACACAGCUGGAGAUGUGGAACACUGACCUAAUUGGAGAUUACGACCUUAGCUUUACACCGCUCAGGUCACAAGCAUUAAUAACGGAAUUUCUUCUUAAUAGUGAUUUAGUGGGGUUCGUCAAGCCGCGAUUGGACGAAAGCUCGGUAUACAUGGACCAAUCAUCACAGUUCUUGUCGCUAUACUUGAUUGCGCUCACAUUGUUUCGGCUGGAAAACUUUCAAGAGACCUACACCGAGCGGUUUCUUGUCCGUCUUUGCACGGUGCUAAAACAAUGUUCCACGUUUGAUGGAGCUGGAAAACCACUCUUAACGACCCAAGGUUUUACAUGGGUUGUAAUCAAAGCCGUGAUGGAUCUCGGAGAUCUGUUUUAUUUACGGGACGUGAGCUCCAACCACCAAGCUCAGACGAUUGUGGACGCAGUCAAUGCACUUAAGUUCUUUCGGGAGAUGCAAUCAUGUCAGUCAAGAAAAGAAGUGGUAUUCUUCUUGGGACGCAUUUUUGGUUAUACUUAA